AUGUUUCAGAAGCAAGCGCUCUACGGUGGUGCAAUCUCCACCGUCAUUCCCAAAGGAUUUUUGGACGCCUCUAUUCUGCGUGAGGUCCCCGACACGCAAGAGGUGUUCGUGAAUAGCAGGGAAGAAAAGGAAAUUGCGGUAUUCAAGGACGGCCUAGGGCUCGACGAAAGCGUCAUAGUGGACCUUCUACAGCGCGUCGAGGAGGACGACAGCUGCCGCGCGCUUGACGUUCAUUUGCAAGAAAUUGCAGGGCUAAACGGAAGUCACGAGUGGAACUUAGUCGAAUGCGAGCAGAGCGCUCCCGAAGUCGGCCAAGUUCCUCACCUCACCUGCAUUGCAGUCGAGGCUGCCUACAAAUGGGGCAAAAGCGACAUGCGUGAGACGCUUGUGCUGUGUGUCGCGCUGCUGCGCUUCGACGACGUACAAACGGAUGUAGUGCUUAGCGUCAACAUCCCUGUCACAUCCGAGCCAGAGCUUCAGCUUUUGAACGCCUGGCUCAGUAAGACGAGCUCAACCAUUCCGCUCAGAAUUGCGGCCGCGUACCAUCUCGUCAAGCAGAUGGCUUCUGAAUUCCGUAUUCUAGAUAAAGGUCUAUUCGUAUGA